CAGGAGAAGUUAGGAAAAGCAAUAAAUGACACAGAUCACAUAUUGCAGGUGUUCGCCUAGCCCCAUUGGGGUAGUUUCGCGACCGGAAAAAGCUCAUCAGUUCGUAGCGAACUGAUGAAUUUAAAGAAAGAAACGUGCAGCUAUGCCAACUACAAGUUCUCCUUGAGUUAUUUUUCUUCUUUUUCUGUUCUAUCCUUAUAUCUAUUCGCUUCUUUUUAUACCAUCGUUUGUUCGAAUGUCUAUUACAUUCCUGAUGAUGCCAACUGAAAGCUGGCGAAAGGCUCAUAAAGUAUUUUCAAGAUUGAAAGUCAUGUUAUUCAUAGCAGUUCUAUAUUCGAUUUACAAAUACUUAUUUCCAACUGCUCUACUAACAAAUUUCAUAACUACAGUGACACUUUUUCUUGCCAUUUAGCAAUGCGAAUCUCAUUUGUUCUAGCCAAAUCACGACCACUUUUAGGAGAAAUCGCUUAAUGUAAUCUGAUAAGGUCUGGCCAUGUGGCUAGGGCCUUGCGGAAUUGAGUUUUUUCGUCCGGAUCCCGAUCCCGUCCCAUAGGCUUAAUUACAAUCCGGUUAAAUCAUUUUUUUCGCUCGAAUACAUGAACUCAACCACAACUAUUGAUGAAGACGGAGGGGAAGAUGUUUUAGACUGUUGGAGAACACAUCAACAAGCAUAUCCAAUGAUAUCAUCUAUUGCUCGAGAAAUUCUCGCUGUUCCUGCAUCAAAUACAGAAGUAGAACGACUGUUCUCGUCUACCAAAAACACUGUCUCCGAUCGUCAUACCAGUUUAGGUGAAAAAAAUUAAUAAACUAAUGUUUCUUCAAAAGAAUAUGUGGACAUUAAAGGAAAUGGAGAAAAGCGAGACGGUUGAAUCAACUGUCUCGUCAAGUAUCAACUGUAUUGAUACACCUGCGUCAAAACGAAAACCACUAGAUGAAAAUGAACAGCUAUUUGUAACGAUAAAAAAAUCUAAAAUUCAAAUUGAAAGUGAUGGUAUAGAUGACGAUUGA